AUGGCUAUUCUCGACAAGGAAAGCCGUUCACGCGGUCUCCGAAUGCCAUCACUUUCUGCAAUAAAAUCCAGAAAGAAAAACGCCGAAUCACCACCACGGAGAGAUUCAAGUUCCGAUGAAGUCGUGAUACCAGCACGAAUGGACUCGGCACCGGGCCGAUUUCUUCACUCGCAAGAGAAGGACCUGCCGCCCAACCCGCUGCCUUCUCCUCCCCCAUUCCCCUCUGCCCCAGCCGACUCAUUGUCAAACCAGUCGCCGUACCAUCACAUCAAUCCUACCCCUAAAUAUGAAGACCGCCCGCUUCCCAAAUUUCCUCGAGUUCCAGUUCCCAAGCGGGAGGAGCCGCCGGCUCCGGUUCCUGCUCUGGUUCCUGCUCCAGCUCCCGUACAACAAGUAACUCCUCCGUCCAGUGAAGAUCAUUACCCUAUCCACUAUCAGGAACACAUUCAGCCGAUUGAGGACCCGCUAGAGAGCUUUAUUCCCGAGCCAGAGCCAGAGCCAGGAGUGGAUGGUACCAGUGCAUCUGUCGAACCGGUUUCGAGCGAAGAGAGUAAUGGACCAUGGACACCACCAGACUACGAGCCCAUCGCCGCACCUCUAAAUCAAUUACACUAUGCCUGCUAUCAGGAACAUCGGUCAAUGCCCACUGCCAACAACCUCUGGCAUCCUCUUCCAUGUAUGACCUGCCAGAAGUAUGAUCGAGAAGUUCGACACCGAUGCGUUUUCUGUUGCCUGCGCAUUUGCGCCAGUUGUUAUCAGACGCUACAGAAAUGCCCGAAUCGCUCCCUGGCGCAGCUGAUGAAAACGAUACCUUCCCACGAGUAG